AUGAGAAGGGAAAUACCUUGGAUAGAUGAUGCCGCGUAUACGAAGAAUAGCUCUUUCCCAUACAAUGUCCAUGCUAAGAGGCAAUCCAACACAGUGACCGAUUUCUCGUGGGUCAAACGAUGGGCCGCAGUCGGAGACAGUUAUACAGCCGCUAUCGGGGCUGGACGUCUUUGGGGACAGCGGAAAGAUGACUAUGCUUGCUCUCGAUAUGAUCGUGGGUAUCCGGCUCUCGUGAAUAAUUUCCUCGGAUCGCACGUUGAAGAUUUCCAGUAUCCGGCCUGCAGUGGGGAUCGAUCGGUGAACAUCAUCAACCAGAUCAACGCUUUGAAAGGGAACUUGGAUUUAGUGAUGAUGACAGCUGGUGGGAACGAUCUUUGCCUGGCCGGUAUUGUUAAGACUUGCAUCCUGAUGAGCUUUCAGAGCGAAUCAGGGUGUGAGGAGGUCUUGGAUAUUGCACAGAAUAACAUCGACAACAUAUUAAAACCCAACAUUCGAUCGCUUUUGGAUGCAUUGAACUCCAAAAUGAACGACGACAGUGUGGUGGUUUUUAACCUCUACUCGCCAUUCUUUGACGCGGAGACGAGCAGCUGUGCAGACAAAACCAAGGAGGACUGGACCCUUUUGCCCUUCGGCAAUGCGUUGGAAUUGACUAAGGAGCGUCGGCGCACCUUCAACACGUUGGCGGCCAAUGCGAAUAAGGCUCUGAAAGAGGUGGUCGAGGAGUUCCAAACUAAGUCCAAUAUCAAAUACAAGAUUGGGUGGUCGGACUGGAGUCCCUGGGUGACGAAGGGUGUUAGUGGUCUCAUGUGUGGUGAGAAGUCGUCAGGGCUGUACCCAGAUCCAGUCCAGCCCGAUUUGCAGUUCUUCAAGCCUUCCACUCGCCAGGUCAAUGGGCAUGAUGAGUUGAAACGCAAACGAGAACUUCAACUGAGUCCGGCCGAAAUUGCUGCGUUGAAAGCAAGCACUCAAGAUAUCCGCCGUUCCGCUCUCUGGAUGGAGCCAAAUCCGCAGGCCGAAGUGCUCCACAAGCUUGACCCUCGUGCCCCUGAUCCGCCCGGUUGUCCAGGAGAUGGCGGCAUAGGUGGCAGCAUUGGCAUCCCCGAUCGAUGGGGCAAGUACUUCCAUCCUAACGAGUUGGGCCACCAAUCAGUGGCGGCCUUUGCCAUUGCGACCGCAAUCUCCUUAAGGGGUGAGAUUCUCGAUAAGGAAAAUCCAUACUGCGAACCGGCAGAGAUCUUUACGUGCUGGCAAAAGAAAGGGUCUAAGGGAUAUGCUAGCUCCGCCCGUAUGGACACGAAUUAUCAAGAUUUCUGUAAAAAGCAGGUGAAAGCGCCGUCAAACACCAAUGGCUGGACCGUCAAGAAGACAUACCAUCAAGGCACGCUAGAUGAGCAUGAAUUUGUGAUCAAGCUUGACGAACUUGCCUCGGCGUUCGAUGAAUCGGCGUGUCUUUCUGCAUUUAAGAAAAUCAUCCAUUCAUGCGAUGGCAACGAUUCAAACAACCCGUUGAACUGGAAGUUCGGUGGAAAGUUCGAACAGGGCGAAUAUACCUACGAGGUAAACGUCAAGCGGACCAACCGUCCCUGGCCCCCCAUUAAAAAGAGGAAUGGAUACUGCGAGGGGUGGUACAAGGUGUUUUGGGGUGAAUAUAAGAUCCGAGGACACGGAUGGGCAGGCCAUGAUUAUGGCCAGGAUACACUGAUGAAGCAUGCAAGAGGAUGCAUCGGCGGUGGUCUCACGGCGUGGAAGUUCUCGUACUACGAUGAGCCGGAUGAGGACGGAAAUGAAUGGGGUGCAUCAUUCAACACACCAAUCUGGGUUCGAGCGCGUUGCUUUAACAAUAAUAAGGUCCAAUUCGCGUCGGAUGGCUUUACCGAUGGCUGCAGAGGAAACGAUUGAGGUUUGAGUGUCGCAGGCGUUUAGCAAUCCGAAGCACUGAUAUGAGGUAGGCCGCUAUUUUGUCGAGUUGGACAAGCUGGACAAACGUAUCUACGCUGAAAUAAUUGAUUAGAUUCGUCAAUAGGACGUGAAGUAAAGUUACAGUGCUGCGUUCGUUGCUACCCAUUGAUAGAGC